GAGCCGCCCGGGCUCGGCUCGGCUCGGCUCGGCUCGGCACGGCACGGCACGGCACGGCUCGGCUCGGCUCGGCUCGGCUCGGCUCGGCGGGGGUCGGCGCGGCGCACGGGUGCGGUUCUGUUACAGCAUAAAAGUGAGAUCCACGAGACUCCUCUAAGAUGUCUUACAGAAAGGAGCUAGAAAAAUACCGAGACCUGGAUGAAGAUCAGAUCCUUGGAGCUCUGACAGAGGAGGAGCUCAGGAAGUUAGAGAAUGAACUGGAAGAGCUGGAUCCUGAUAAUGCACUGCUGCCAGCAGGGCUCAGGCAGCGGGACCAGACGCAAAAGCCACCAACUGGCCCCUUCAAAAGGGAGGAACUCAUGGCCCACCUAGAAAAGCAGGCAAAGGACAUUAAAGACCGAGAAGACUUGGUUCCUUUCACGGGUGAAAAGAGAGGAAAAGCUUGGAUUCCCAAGCAGAAGCCGAUGGAUCCUGUUUUGGAAAGUGUGACUCUGGAGCCGGAACUGGAGGAAGCCCUUGCUAAUGCCUCUGAUGCAGAACUCUGUGACAUUGCUGCCAUCCUUGGCAUGCACACCUUGAUGAGUAACCAGCAGUACUAUGAGGCACUGGGGAGCAGCACCAUUGUGAACAAAGAAGGCCUCAACAGUGUGAUUAAGCCCACACAGUACAAACCAGUUCCUGAUGAGGAGCCAAACUCAACAGAUGUGGAGGAAACUCUGAAACGAAUACAAAGCAAUGAUCCUGACCUGGAGGAAGUCAACCUUAACAAUAUUAUGAAUAUUCCCAUACCAACUCUAAAAGCUUUUGCAGAAGCACUGAAAAACAACACGUAUGUGAAGAAGUUCAGCAUAGUUGGGACCCGGAGCAAUGAUCCUGUUGCUUUUGCCCUGGCAGAAAUGUUGAAGGUCAAUAGCACACUGAAGAGUCUGAACGUGGAGUCAAACUUCAUUUCUGGGUCUGGGAUCCUGGCCAUCGUCGAAGCGCUCGAGGGCAACACAUCGCUUGUGGAGCUGCGCAUUGACAACCAGAGUCAGCCCUUGGGCAACAAAGUAGAAAUGGAAAUUGCAAAUAUAUUGGAAAAGAACACCUCCCUACUGAAGUUUGGGUACCAUUUCACUCAGCAAGGUCCCCGGCUUCGCGCCUCCAAUGCCAUGAUGAGUAACAACGACCUGGCUCGUAUUCAUCAGUCUGAUGGUCUCUGGCAGUAGCAUCUCAGCUGUGCACCUGGACAAUGUAUAAGUAAAAAAACCCUUUAUCUUCCUCCCUGUCAGCAAUAGCUCUCUGCUUCUGCUCCACUCCAGUGUUCUUGCCUAUCAAGUGAUGCUGCCAGAACAUGGUUUUGGUCUCAUACCUUCUGUUCCCAAUAUGCUCUGUGUGAACCGACUGUGAAGGCUUUUAUGUUCAUCUUCAUCAGCUAACUUCUGCAUCCUCUUUAUGUUCUGGGGUUUUUUCCCACACCUUUCUUGGAGAGUCAUAAGCAUAGGUGUCAAGAGGUAUAAAUCAACUUUUAAGACUAGAUAUGAGACUGUUCUGGCUAUGUUAACCAUAAUCAAAGGACUGGAGCCCAAUGGCUUAGGAUAAGAAGAGAUUUUAAAAUAUUUUUUUUUAUUGAAAAGGCAGAUUUUUAAUUUGAAAAAACAGCAAAGGAAAAACUGUGACAUCUGUUUCCUGCUUUCCAUCAGUCAGAUGAUGAACUGGCUAAAGUCCAAUUACAAAGACAAACUGUGGAAUAUAAUUAACUACAAAAUAAGGGAGGUAAGGCUGAAAGUAGCUGCUGGCCUUAAAAAUGCAUAGGAAGAAAAACCUCAUCUUCCUUGAUUUUACUGUGUAAGGCUGUGCCUGCUGGACAAGGCAGGAAUUCAGAAGCUGGUGCUAUCCUGUUUCUUUCCUGGCAGAAAGUACAUCUUUCAGCUAGCUCCUUUCUACGGCUGUUAGGGCAAGCCUGCCAUCCACAUUAUCCCGCUGCCAUGACUGACUCCUCUUUCUCUU